GACCGUAAAUUUUACAGGUCCUUGACUGCUGCUAGCUUAGCAAGCUAACGGUAUCCCGAAAAACACAGUGUUUUAGCAGUGUGAAGUGGACAUUUUUGGUACUAAUGGAAGGCAAACCUAAAGUUUCGAGUAAAAUCAUUCCUCUCGCCGCACACAAAGGAGCGGAGAAGCUGUGUGAACUCUGUCAAAGAGUCGCACGGCUGCAGUGCACCGAAUGUCGAGUCACUUUUUACUGUGAUGCAGAGCACCAGCAGGCUGACUGGGUGGGGAUCCACAGGAGAAUUUGUCAGCUGCUUGUUCCCAUCCGCACCCAGAGGGCUGGCCAGAUUGUAGCGCAGCGUAAAAAGGCAGAGCUGAUUGAGAUUUGCAGGUCGGUGGCUCAACAGAAGCUUUCUGAAGGGAAACACCAGGAGGCUCUGCCCGCCUCCCAGUUCUGCCUGCGAUGUUCCGUAGACGUCCACGGCCCAGACACCGUCCAGCUGGUCCCGGCCUACCUGCUGCUGGCUGAGGCCAACAUUGGUUUGGGAAAUCUAAUCCGAGUGUCAGAGCUGCUGUCCCAGGCGGAGUGGUCGGUGCUGAAGAACCCAGACUGUGGUCAUGCAGUCCAGCACCGCCUGCACCGGAGCCUGGGCCGCCUCCACACGGCCACUGGAAACCUGGAACAAGCUCUGCUGCACUUUGCAAACGAUAUAUAUUUUGCCAGUGAGGAGUUUGGUUUGGACAGCCCCAUCACCUGCCGUGGCUACUUCCUCAUGGCUGAUGCUUUUGCCAAGCAGGGAAAGACGCCCGUUGUUCGUUCCUUGUACUCUGAAGUGGCGCAGAUUUGGCAUUGCCGUCUCACCAACCUCCUGGAAAACCGCAUUCAGAACGGCCAGAAUCCAAACAUGUUAUUGGACUCCUCUUAUGACAACCAAUCAGACAAAGCUCAGCAGGUUGAAGUGGAUGACAUGUUGAGAACCAUGUUGGAGUUCGAGCAAGAAGACUUCAGAAAAGACCCUGCUCAGGUCGCACGUGUGGCCCACUGCCUGGCCAUGAUGUGGUUCCUGGCAGGAGACUUCAGGAAGGCACUGGGAUUUGGCAGCACAGCUUUGCAGGCCGGCCAGCUGAUACCAAACCCUGACCUGACGGAGCCCGUCCAGAGCCUGCUGCAGCUGGUGCACAGUUUGCAGACAGAAUCACAUCCCGGUUCUGACGAGUCGCAAAACCCAGCCUCCGCUUGAAGGUCUGCUCCAUCGGGACAUUUUUAUAACCCCACCCUUGUGAAGGUAGAACAGGAGUGUCAGACGCAUUUUAGGGGCCCACAUUCAGCCCAAUUUGAACUCAAGGUGAAACCACAGCAAAAUAAUCAAUAAAUGACGACAACUCCAAAAUUUUCCCUUUGUUCUAGUGUAAAAAAAGCACAUUCUGAAAAUGUUCAAUUUAACAAACGGCACACAAAAUGUCAAAAGCGAGAAACAAAAUUAUAAAAAAUUAUGGAAUGAAUUUCCUAUCAUAAUUCAAGAGCAUUUUAAAUUGAUUUGAGGGCAGCAUUUAUCGAUUUCAUUCUCAGAUUUUGUGAUAUUGUCUCUCAGAACUCUGCUCUCGCGCUCAAAUUUGCUCUGCGCGUGCUCAAACUGUGUCCUCGGUUACGAUGCUGCUCACGCAGAUUUCCUGCGCUCAAACUCAAACUCUUCCUCUUGCUCUCACGGAACUUCUGCUCACGGAUCUCUGCUCUGCUCUCAGAUUUUUUGUGUAUCAACGCUGUCAACCAAUAGAAGGCCGGCGAGCUUUGACCAAUCAGAUUAUCUGUGUUUGUAUACGGGUGCGUUCGCUGUUUUCCGAGGAGCGUCGCAUACGGGCGGGCACUCUUUCAACGGGUUUUAUCCACUCCCUACCUCCGGGACUGUAAUAAAUGUGAUUUCUUUUAUUUUUUUGACCACUGUUGGAAUAAAAUAUCAUUCAAUGCAUACAACAGCGUCCGAGCUUCUCAUUAAAAUGGCUAUAUUGUAUAAUAAUAGCGGCAUCAAACACUGCUCUUUGAGGUGUCCUGGUGGAGAAAACAAUGUCACCAUGACGCCGCUCGGGGACGGCUGCCGUCUUGGUCCGGUCAUCGUACUUACAGUUCAGCAGCAGAAAGAACCAGAUGCCAGAGCACUGUGCCGCAUAUUCGUGUUCAAAUCGCCGGAUCGUCGAAAACAGGGCACGAGGGAUUACUUUUCACAAGUGAUGUGUGCCGUGCAAGCUUGGUCAGAGAUGCUGUACCAUCAUCAUUUGACGAGAGCUCCCACCUUCUAGCUCUGAAAAACAAUGGAGGCCUACUGAUUCCAUCACAAGGCACAGUGAAGGUGCUGAGAGUUGCAGAGAGGGUGAUUCACCAGGCUUCAACAAAACAAGCUCCAAAGGUGUCAACAGUCACACACAACGUCUGGGAGGAGACUGGAAUGGAGGUGGUUUUUCUGCUUGGGGAACACAUUGAAGAAAAACAGUUUGGUAUCGACAAACAACAUUCCAGCUUGUUGUCAUUGGUUAUGUCCGUGGCUGCACCAUGUUGCCAAACUUACCUGUCUUGACCUGCAGAAAGGGAGCAUGAGAAAGAAGCUCUGCAAAACAGUCCUCGUUCAUUGGUUUUAGCUGUAAAACGUUUGUACAUGUGUAAAUGUGGUUUAGGGCAGGGAUGUCAUGUUCUUGUGUUAACUUGAGAAUUUACAUUUACAUUACAUUUUAUUCUCUCUGCUUUGUACAUCUAUAUGAUAUAUAUAUAUAUAUAUAUAUAUAUAUAUAUAUAAACCUGAAACAAGAAUGCUUAUAUUUAACAUUUUCAGUACCACUUCCUGAUGAGGAUAGCAUCCGAUUAUUAAUGAUAUAAAUCGUUUUCAAAACAAAACAAAGAAAAUAUAGGGAUAUAUAAAUACAUUUUGUAUGGUGUUCAUGUAUGUUUAAAACCAGGUAUAUGAUCAAAUAAGUAUUUUAUAGUUUUCAUUAAAAUGAAUUUAAAAAUAAUUUGCCUGAGCGCUUCGACUUUGCCGGUCCAUUUUAGCAAGCCAUCUGCUGUCCCGCCGCUAGCUUCAGGAUGGUGACAUUGUUUUCUCCACCAGGACACCUCAAAGAGCAGUGUUCGAUGCCGCUAUUAUUAUACAAUAUAGCCAUUUUAAUGAGAAGCUCGGACGCUGUUGUAUGCAUUGAAUGAUAUUUUAUUCCAACAGUUGUCAAAAAAUAAAAGAAAUCACAUUUAUUACAGUCCCGGAGGUAGGGAGUGGAUAAAACCUGCUGAAAGAGUGCCCGCCCGUAUGCGACGCUCCUCGGAAAACAGCGAACGCACCCGUAUACAAACACAGAUAAUCUGAUUGGUCAAAGCUCGCCGGCCUUCUAUUGGUUGACAGCGUUGAUACACAAAAAAUCUGAGAGCAGAGCAGAGAUCCGUGAGCAGAAGUUCCGUGAGAGCAAGAGGAAGAGUUUGAGUUUGAGCGCAGGAAAUCUGCGCGAGCAGCAUCGUAACCGAGGACACAGUUUGAGCACGCGCAGAGCAAAUUUGAGCGCGAGAGCAGAGUUCUGAGAGACAAUAUCACAAAAUCUGAGAAUGAAAUCGAUAAAUGCUGCCCUCAAAUCAAUUUAAAAUGCUCUUGAAUUAUGAUAGGAAAUUCAUUCCAUAAAAAAUGAGACCGACACGGAACAAAACAGAAAAGAGCCAAAAAUUAGACAUAGAAGUUACAAAGUGACAAAAACAUGGACAAAAAUGAGACAAAAAAUACACAAAUCACACAAACGAGACAAAAAAUGACAAAGCUGAGGAACAAAAUGACAAAAAAAUUAACAAACAAUACAUAAAAACGCAAAACGGCAUAAAGAACAUACAAAACCACGAGUAAAGCCAAACACAUAAUGGCAAGAAUUUGAGACAAAAAACACAAGCGAGACAAAAAGGAAACACAAAGCAACAAAAAUAUAAGACAAAUGACAAAAGUUGACAAAAACGAGACACAAAAUCACAAAAAAUGAGACAAACGAACCAAAACAAAACAACAGAGGCUGAAAAUCAGACAAAAAAGUCACAAAGCGACACAAACAUCAACAACUGAGAAAAACAAGACAAAAAAUGACAAAAGAGAGAAGUAAAACAACAAAGAAGUAGACAACACAAGCACAAAAGAACAAAUGACGGAAAACAAGACGACAAACAAUGAGACAAAAACACAAACGAGACAAAAAUGAGAAGGAAAAUGACAAAAACAUGAGACAAAUGACAAAAGUCAGACAAAAAAGACAAAAAACAAAAAAGACAAAAUAUUGCAUAAAUGAGACACAAAAUGAAAAAAGAACAAUCUAGUAUUUUACUUUAUGAUCCAAACAACUUGUCAUGGUCUAGAAAUGAUUUUAUAGUUUUACUAAUUUACAAUCUGCAGUUAACCCUUUAAGCUUCAGUCAUUUCCAGCCGUUUUCAGUACAAAAAAUCGCUAAUAUUCUAUUUUUAAAUAAAAAAAAAUUACGAAAAAUACGGGGAAUAUUGGACGGGCAUCGCGAGGUGCAUUUCCUUGAAAAUGACCGAUUCGGGGAUUUUAUACCGACUUCAAGACAUGUUUUGGAUAAAAUAGUUUACUGGCUUGUGUCAUCUGGAUGUAAAAGGUUGGAUUAUGGCCGUUUUUUAUGGAAUCUUUUUUUUUGCGUGUAAUAAUAAACCUGGAAAUGUGA